ACAGGAGAAGCUUUGCUCACCUGCGGCCCGCUGCACCCCUCAGGGCGAGCCCCUCACUGUGGAUCUUCCCAGGACCCUGCGGCACCUGGACAGGUGAGGGGCAGCUGUGGGUGGCCACCCCGAGGACCUCGGUCUUCGCAUCUGCCACGCCCAAGUCCUUGGGCUUCGAGGUUGGGGAUAGAGAGUGAGCCUGGAGAUCUCCAACCCCCGGGAGAAAGGUCACACUCAGACCCCUUGAGAUGGAUCGAGUGACCAGAUACCCCAUCUUCAGCAACCACCAGGCAGCACGUGUCACCAGUUUGGUGCUGGAUGACAACUCCAGCUACACCGUCAAGCUGGUGGGUGUCGGGCCUGAGGCCGGUUGGAGCCAGGAUCAUCAGCAGGCCUGGUCCACUGAGUACCAAACCAGGCCAGAUGUGAAGAGAACAAGUGUACCCUCCAGCAGACGAGUCUUUCUCAGCCAGCCAAGGUCACUGUACUCGGAGGAUGAGGAUGAGGAAAUGAAGGCAUACCACCUGGGGACCAGCGACGCCCUCUACGGUCAAUCCAGGGACCCGGAGGCCGAGCGCUGGGCCGUCAUCCACAGCCAGGCGGUCAGGAAGGGAGGCACCGUGGCCACACUCCAGGGAGAGCCCAGACCCGCCGGCCAGCCUCGGCCCGCGUCCACUGAGGACAUCUUGGUGGACACAGAGCAAAUUGAUUUCCUGGCCGCUCGACAGCAAUUCCUGAGUUUGGAGAAGUCGAACUCGAACCCGAUUACUUGGAGCCCCACAGGCAGGGAGACCUUUGCCUACACCUCACCAGGGGUCAGCCAGGUCCCCAAGGCCUCUACCAAGCCCCACCUCGCUAACGGCUAUGCCAUCCCUGUCACAUCACCGGUGAAGGAGGUGACUUUGGAGAAGACUGCCCAUGUUUUCCCAGCCGGGUCCAUUCGUGCAGCCAACGACCCUGGCCACGGGACCCGAGCAGAGUCCCCUGAGACCCCCAAAGAGACGCCCAUCGAGAGAGAGAUCAGACUGGCCCAGGAGCGUGAGGCAGAGCUGCGGGAGCAGAGGGGGCUUGGGCGGGCUGCGGGGCAUCAGGAGCUGGUUCAGAUUCCCAGCAGGCCGCUGCUCAACAAGGUGAGCCUGUCGGAGCCGCCCGCGGCGCGCAGAGACCGGGGCCGCCCGUCACUGUACGUGCAGAGGGACAUGGUGCAGGAGACACAGCGUGAGGAAGACCACCGCCGGGAGGGUCUGCAGGUGGGCAGGGCGUCCACACCCGACUGGACCUCCCAGGACCCGCAGCCUGGGCUCCAGAGAAGCCUGAGCUCCGACUCCAUCCUCAGCCCAGACGCCCGAGCCGCAGACCCGGCUCCAGAGGCAAGAAAGGUCAACCGGAUCCCACUGGAUGCCUACCAGCCGUAUCUGGGCCCCGGGACCCCCAAACUGGAAUUCUCGGCCUUUGGAGUAUACAGCAAGCCAAAUGGUGUCUCCACACAGGACACCAAAGCCAUGGUGUUCCAGAAGGCCUCAGGAUCUCCAAGGCAUGUCUCAGAGUACUCUGGAAGUUCUCAGAGCUCAAAACAAGUGCGCUCGAAGCCCCCUGAGAAGCCGCAGGCGGCCAAUGUGGGUAUCGUGAAAUUAGAGAAUUUCCGCCUGCGUCCACUGCGAUUCAGCGUCCCAGAUGUCCCCCAGCAGGCUGAGACCUCGCAUACCUGGGGUUGGGAGGUGGCCGGGGGCCCAGUGUUGAAGCUACAUAAGUCACAGUCUUCUGACCUGCUGGAGAGGGAGAUGGAGAGCGUCCUGCGGAGGGAAAGAGAGGUGGCUGAAGAGCGGAGGAAUGCCUUCUUCCCGGAGGUGUUCUCCCCGGUGCUGGACCAGGAAGAGCCAGACUCCCGGAGCUCCUCCCAGGCAUCUGGUGUCACCGGCAGCUACUCAGUGUCGGAAUCACCAUUAUUCACUCCCCUCCAGCUGCACUCGGGGCUGGUGUGGAAGGUGCAGACCCCUAGCAGCCCUGUGUCCGGGCAGAAGACCAAAAGGGAGAUGCGGUAUGCCGGUAUCAACCCCUCAGACCGUGUCAACUCAGAGGUCCUGGGAGCCACGCGAGUAACACGACACAAGAAUGCCUUGGCAGAACGCUGGGAAGCCGGCAUCUACGCCAGUGAGGACGAAGACUGAGACUAGAAAUGAGGAGCCAUUCCCUCCGUCCAACCCCAGCCCCAUGGAAGCUGCCAGACCUGCCCAAGCCUCUGCAGUCAGUGGUAAACAAGUCCCUGUGUAAGCAAAUGGCUGGAGAGUCGCCCAGGCUGAUGUCUGUAGCCUGGAAAUUGGUUCUGUUUCCCUGGGGUUGGAGUAUUUCCUGCUUAGGGGUGGUUCUCAGCUGGCGCUAAAAUGAUAAUUCUCCCAGGCCUCUGUGUACCUAAGACUUUGCCAAGUGCUCUGGGGUCCAAGGCAGAAACCAGACCGCCCACCUCGGAAUGUACCGUCCUGGGGGCAGCGGGUCCAGGGCUCUGCCUUACAGCCGGUUUUGACCCCUGUGCAAGGGGCGCCAAAGAGUGCAGAGUCGGGACCUGUCACUCGACAGAAAGAAGGCUCCAUUUAGGGACCCGCCCCUCCGGUCUUGCCAAUCCCAGACUUAUCCGUGUUGCUAUGAAAUAAACGUGUCCUGAGCUGCC